AUGGAUCCACUAGCCUUUGAUAAUUCUUCUCUGAUGGAGCUAGAGGAGGAAGAACCAAUUUGCGCCGAGUCUGCUUUUCUCACAAUGCGAGUCAUGGAAAACUAUCUGAAGUCUUUUGAAUACUUCCUUCUUGUUUCGUGCUUCCUCUCCACAUUUCUUCAGAUCUACGUACUGGUGAAAGCUGUGAAGUAUAUCCGCAGAGCGACCGGUGACGAAUGCCUCCACGUUUUUCUUCUCAGUAUGACUCUGGGUGAUCUAUUGUUAACCAGCUUUUGCUAUCCAAUCGAGCAACUUCGAGAACAGGAAAUUAUAAAACCACCACAAUGGAUUAACGUCGCUCAACAUUUCCUAACAUGGGUUGGAUUAUCGGCAUCAUCUUUGAGUUUGAUCCUCCUCAACGCUGAUAAAUUGCUCUAUUUCAAGUUUCCACUAAGGUACGCCAACAUGGUCACAUCUUUCAAAGGUGUCUCAUUGGCCCUUUUUGUCUGGUUUGGAUGUUUUGUUUUCGUAUUCCUCUGCUGGUAUCUCGAGUGUUUUACCUGUGAGGAUGAUUGCCGUCAACUCAUGAUUCUUCCCAACAAAGUUGUCAUGUACAUCGUGUUCACUGUAUCGGCUUGUAUUGCGCCAAGCCUAACAUCACUGGGAGUCGCCAUUUACAUUUUGAAUGUGGUCACGUCUCACAGAAGCAAACUCUCCGAUGAAAACGGAAACUCGUCUCAUGCCCUUGCCACUCGCCUCCGUACCUUCUAUUUCAUCUUCAUGACAACGAUCUUCACAGUCGGGACAUUGCUACCAUAUCGGAUCUACAAUAUUCAACGUCAACUUUCGCCACGUGAAUCUGGAGAAAUAAGCUGCGGAAGUAUUAUCUUCUCUUGGACUUGCCUCUACUUUGUCUCGCUCAAUGCGAUACUCAACCCAAUCAUCACUGUGACUGUACUCCCCCAAUACCGCUUCCGUUGGCUUUGCAAGAAGUUAGGAAGUAAUUCUUCUCCAGCUGCCGUCUAUGUUUGA